AUGAACUUGUCGGAAGACUUCCAAGCGAUCGCCAGUGACUUCCAUUGCCAGUUGCUUUCCGGAGGAGGAGGGGGAGGAGGAGGCGGCGGCGGGGCUGUAGGUGCAGGUGGGAGUCCACAACUGCAUCAACAACAUCCGCAUCAGCAGCAGCUCCAGCACCAGCAACUUCAACUCCAGCUUCAGCAUCAUCAACAGCAGCAGCAGCAACAGCCGCCGUCUCCGCAAGCGAGUGAAGGACAGCAGCUCCACCAGCUGCACCCCCUACAACAUCCCCACCAUCCGCAUCAUACGCAUCAUCCUCACCACGUUCCUCUCCACCAUCACCAGCUCCAAUCGGCGGCAUGCCAUCACCAUCACCACCAUCUACAACCUGUCAUCAACAACAACACCAGUUACAGCAAUAAUAACAUUAUUGCGAACAACAACAACUAUCUCAAAUCACCGGCGACCACCUUGAUGCCGCCACCUCCAGCGCCCGGAAACUGCCAGACCUUGAGCAGUGGUAUGCCGCCCUCGGGCAUCAACGUCCCGAACAAUAACGCGAACAGCAGUAACAACCCUUCAAACUGUCCUGCAAACAACAAUGCGAAUGUUGUCAACGCCGAAAGCGAUUCCUCUCUGAGCAGCAACAGCACUACCGGCACCACCAGCGCCAACAGCUCAAACAAUACCGCCUGCACAGCCGCGGCGGGGAAUAACGCCAACAGCUCAUGUGCGAAUUCUGUUCCCACGACGGCGACGUCUACCGCGGCGGCAACAACUACGGCGGUUGUUGCUACAACGACAACGACAGCUACAGCAUCUGCGACUACGACGACGACCACUUCUUCUUGUAGUGGUAACUCCAACGGCAGCAGCAACAACGGUACCAGCACAAGCGUAAACAACAGUUCCUUCCCUGCCACGGACUUCGUUUCCGACAUUCAAAAGUGCCGUUUCCUCUACGAUCGAAACGACCCCAACUUCAAGAACAUAGCUGUCAAAAACAAUCAGUGGCAGGUCAUCGGCAUCAAAUACGGCCUCACAGGGCAAGAGGCCGCUUCGAAGUGGCGAAAUCUGCGGGACAAAUACAGGCAUCUAUACAAGAGAAAAACCAAUGCCACUCAGUCGGGACAAGACUAUAAAGUGGUUUGGAAUCUAUACGAACAGAUGGAAGACUUUUUCAAGUUUGAGGACACGCCCGGCUCCAACAAGAGCGCGAAACCCAUUCCUAUCGCUCCCAAGCCCGAUAUCGCCUACCAGGAAUUCCAAGAGAGACAACAGCAGCAGCAACAACAACAACAGCAACAACAACAGCAGCAACAACAACAGCAGCAACAACAACAGCAGCAGCAACAACAGCAUCAACAGCAACAGCAGCAGCAACAGCACGAAAAAUCUUUCAACCCCGAAGCGGUGAAAACGGAAAGGAAUGACGAUAUGACUCCAAGCUCGAGGCACAUCAAUGAACCCUACUACGGCCAGCACGAUGGCUAUUCCCAAGGUUACUACGGCUCACGCGGCAUGGCGUCGGGCUCUGUCGCCGCUCCUGCUCGGAAUCUACAAGGCUAUCCCGACGCUCGCGUUCAAGCGUGCUCCAGUCAGUAUCCCGCCAGUCAUCCGUCGAUGCGGGGCGCGACCGCGUUCCGGGGCUAUUCCGGCGCAGGCCACAAAAACAUGCACUACGGCUAUGCUCAUUAUCCUAUGCAGUACCAUGGCCAAAAGCCACAGACAUUACAACCUCUACAACCACCGCCGCCACCUCCGCCGACAGCUCAACAACAACAAGCUCAGCAACAACAACACUCCACCUCGGGCGGCCUCAGCCCCCACAAACCAGCAAACAACGCGAUUGGCCACUCGGGCCACAUGGCCUACGGGUUGUUCAACCCAGCGCUACAAACCACCGUCUCCACGGGCAUCGGCGAUUCUUCAUUGACGACAACAACCACUUCAAGUUACUCUCAGGCAUCUACAACUACCUCAACAACGUACAGCGCAUCUGGUCCUCAUAAUAAUAAUUCUCAUCACGGAUCCUGCGCUGCAGCUCCCAAUCAUCCGCACUCGUUGUCUCAAACAAGUCCUGCGGCACAAGCGGGCGGCGGCGCUGGCGGCUACCAGGCGGCCUCGGUGCCCACACCGGCUGCCGGAAUGGCAUCCGGGGCAAAAGGAAUGCCGACAUCAGGAGGGGGCUAUUGUCUCCUCACGUCUCAUACGCCACCUACACCGCCGUCAUCGACCGGUUCUCAGGUUUCCCCACCGACUCCGACGUCAUCAUCGUCGUCUUGCUGUCCGUCGGCGCCUUCGAAUCAGACAUCCCCGACGAACCCCUCGACGUUCGCCACUCCUCCCCCAACGCCGUCGGUGCCGGUGUCGACUUCCAUGUCGGUCGAUUUACCUUCGCCGACUGUCGCGGUAGCGAAGGAAACCGCCAGAAGUCCCGAAAGCCAAGAUCUCGUUUCAUCGGCUUCAGCUCAACUGGCAAUGGCGAUAUCGUGCGCGACUGGCUCACAUUCCCCAAAUAUCGGUCGAGAGAAUCCGUCCGAGAGCGAAGACGACACAAGUCUGUGUAAUCUUCAUAACGAGGAGCCGUGGAGUACUGCUAGUUAUUCGAGUGGCCUCGGUGUCUCAAGCGGAGGAUAUUCCGCUGCGGCCGCUGCUUCCUCAUCUUCGCCGGCGACAGGAUUCUUCCCGUCACCGCCUCAGAGAACAUCGUCCCCCAGCGAUUGCCAAGAGGACGGUUAUCAUUUCGGCAUGAUGGUGUGCCAAAGACUCCGAAACCUCGGCUGUUCCAGCAAACGUCGGAAGGUUAUGUCGGACAUCGAUAGAGUGUUGAAAUAUGCAGAGGAGUCGACCGCUUUCAAAUAG